GGCUCCUGUCUGCGUAUACGUCACGAUCAUGAUUAGAAUUGAUGAUCGGACGUUUUGAUUUCAUUGUCUGGCUAGGGGACUGCUGAAGAAAUCUGAUGAAUUCGUGCGGUCGUUUGAUUUGACGACAAAAACAGAACCUCAGAGAGACAAAGACGCCGCACCAUGUCUCAGCCCCUGCAGCCCAGGAGACUGAGCUAGCAUGACCAGUACUGCAGCCAGACCACCAUAACCCCCUGACAGACGGACGGACAGAGGGUAUCUGCUGUCUGGCCCUGCUGCCUAGACCUCACCCCGGCCUGGCCCUGCUCGUGGUUCUGCUGAAUGGCUGAUCUGCCCCCCUGCAGUAGCAGCAGUAUGGAGGAAUGGCAGGAGAAACGAGGCCUGCAGACGAUGAACCUGCGGUCUGUGUUCACACUGGAGCAGCAGCGAGUCCUGGAGAGCUACUAUGACAACGGUAUGACCAAUCAGAGCAAGAGCUGCUUCCAGCUGAUCCUUCAGUGUGCUCAGGAGACCAAGCUGGACUUCAGUGUGGUGCGGACCUGGGUGGGGAACAAGAGACGGAAGCUGGCCUCGAGGAAUGACCAGAAUGCGGGCGUAUCCCACUCCUUAUCCUUAUCGAAUCACAGCAUGGUUGGGGGAGUUCUGUCCAAUCACGGCGUGGCUGGGGUAGCUCUGUCCAAUCACACGCUAGCAGGCGGGGCUUUAGUUGCGGGCGCCAUGCUGACAGCGGAGAUGGCGGCGGCUCGGAACAUCCAGAGAGGCUCCUCCCAUCUCCUCCCUUCCUCCUCCUCCUCUUCUUCCUCCUCUCCGCUUAGCUCUGUCAACAACAACAAUGAUGUCAUCCUGACUGGGAUUUACUCUCUAGGCUCUGCCUCUAGUUCCCGGCCCACUGUUAAGCCCCUCCCUUCUGACUCUGAGCUGCCUGCACAUGUCCAUCAAACUCUGCUUAACCAAUCACAACACAGGAGGAACAGUUCUGUCUCCUCCCCUCUCCAGCUCCACUCCAGAUUAGGUACCUUGCCACUUCCUCGCUAUAAAACCCCCUCCCUCUCCUCUUCCCCCUCCCUCUCCUCACCCCCCUCCUCCUCACCCCCCGGCCCCCCCAUCAACAGCCUGUCCAAGAGGGUGGGUUUCCCCACAAGUGGGGCCAGGGCCGGGGAGGCAGCAGGAGGGGCUGGGGUAGGAGGGGGGGUCCCUCGUAGCUGGGCUAGACAGUAUGGUUCUCUCCAGUCUGGCCCCUGGCCCUCUCCAUCCCAGCCCCAGCCCAGGCCUCGCUCCAACCACCAGACUCUCCCACCUCAUCUCCCCAGGCCCCGUCCCUCCCCCCCUCCUCACCCCAUCCUCCCCCUUCAGACCACUCCCCCCCGCAUUCAUCAGGUUUUCAGCCUAUCAGAGAGGGGGGAAGGGGAGGAAAUAGGACAAGGACAGCCUUCUGAUAGGAGCAGGCUGGAGAAACACAGACAGACUCCCCACCCCUCGGACGCUAUUGGUUGCCUCUCUAUUGCCAUGGAGACGGGUGAUGAAGAGGAUGAGUGGCGGAGGGAGGAAGAGUUAUCCAACAUGGCUGCCACGGCCCAUGGGGACCUCCAGAGAGGCCAGGGGGUGAGGGACAGCCCCAGCAGGGGAGAGGGAUCUGGGGAGAGAAUCCUCCCAUCCCCCUCCCUGGUCCUGAGCAGCUCCAGGCCUGGUCCAUACCCUCGGGACAGCUACCCAGUUAGUACAACACUACAGACCUCUGCUAGUAUACAGGUUCCAGUCAGUCCCUCUGCUCCGUGGCUCAUCAGUAACUCCAGGAAGAGAACUCUACAGGACAGGACCCAGUUCAGUGAUGUGGACCUGAGCCAGUUGAAGCGGUACUGGGACCGAGGGAUGACCAGUCUGGGUUCUGUCUGCAGAGAGAAGAUCAACGCAGCAGCCAAUCAGCUCAACGUAGACACUGAGAUAGUCAAGACGUGGAUCGGGAACCGGAGGAGGAAGUACCGUCUGAUGGGCAUUGAGAUCCCGUCCCCUAAAGGUGGGCCGGCCGUGUUCCUGACAUCACAGGAAGGGGAGGAGUCUCCCUCUGCGCUGAGUUCCGAUGGGGAGGGGCUUGGAACGCCAGAGUUGGGAGACAACCUAAACGAUGGAGCAUCCUUCUGUCUGUCCGAGGAUGGGACCAGUGAUUCGUACCAGAGAGAAGAAGAGAAUGGAGUAGAGGACAGCAGCAGCGCUCCCAUGGCUCACAACGUGAAGAUAGAGGUGGUUGAUGAUGAUGAUGAUGAUGAUGGUGGUGUUGAGAUGGUCGGAUCUGAUAUGGAAAACAUGCAGAACCUCCUGGAGUUUAAGCUUGAGGAGGUGCAGUAUCUGGAGAGCCAACUAGAGAAUCAGAAUCAGAGAUAUUAUGAGUUGGAGACCUUCACCAAGAGUCUUCUGACUGCUGUACGGACCAACAACCUGGACAGACAACAGGAGCUCCUAGCCAGUCUACCUCAGCCUGCAGAUCAGGACUGGGACAUGAGUCCAGAGGGAGGAGCCAACUCCAUCUCCCUAACAACACACUCUGCAUCCAAUCACGAGUCCCCGUUGGCUGAGAGCAACGACGAGACACCGUUGGUCAACCCCAACAAGGACCUCCCAUUGGUCACUAUAAACGAAGACUGUUCAUUGAUUGCUGAGCUCAAUGAGUCGUCUGUAUCAGAGGAACUAGAGACUGAGACCGGACCAGAGUAACUGUACUGACACACACAAACACUCCACACCCUGUGCCUGUGGAAGGAUCCUAAACUAACUGCUGGGCUCACAAUGCCUUUUAUAUUACUUAUCACUACGCCUUGUCUGGUCUAGUUUCAGACACAACAAUAAACAGACUCCAUAAUAACUGA